AUGUCUGGUUUAGUAUCAAGAUGGGCUACUGAUGAGACAUUGGUGAAAGAAGCUGAAGUUCAAGAUAAGAAAGCAUCAAACCAUAGCUCACCAAGGAAAUCGAAACAAGUACAUAAUCAAAAAGAUUCUAUUGAAAAUCCAAAGCCAUUGGUCAGUAGAUGGGCAACUGAUAAUACUGAGGAGAGGAAGGCUCUACAGGCAUCGCCAGCCAAAAAUGGAUAUAAAAAGAAUAAUGUAGGCAAUAAGAAAAGGCACCCCAAUGAAAAUGAGAAUACUCGCGAUGUGGUUCGUAAAGCAGGUAAUAAGCAAGAAGAAGAGGAAAAAUUGGGCCCAAUGACUAACGCUGCGAAGUCUUUUGCCGCAAGGUUAAGCGAUAUCAAAAUCAACGAUACAGGAAAGAAAACAGAAAAUCUGUCAAGGGGUCUCUCAGGAGGACCACCACCAAAAGGUCCAAGGGGACAGAGUAGAAAACAAACGGCGAGACCAGGUGCUCCCAAAAAUAAUGAAGAUGCAUGGGAAGAUGCUAACGAAGAAGAGCCUGAAGAGGUGGAUAGAGAUGAAGGUCCCUUACCUCCCAUGUCCAAAGCGGGUCAGAGUUUAGCUUCAAGGCUAGGACUAAUGAAUCCAUCACUCAAUACAAGCAAAGCUAGUCCUGCUCCUACUAGUAGUAAUAAGAGAGAUUCAGUACCAAAGUCAGUACAGAGUGACUCCAAAUACCUCACACCUCGACAAAAGAAAUUACAGGUGGAGAAAGAGAACAGAGCCAGGAAAGAAAGGGAAAAACAAGAGAGAAAGAAGAUUCUUGAUGAAGAGGAGAAGCAAAAACAGCAAAAGCUUAAACAAGAAGUUAGCGAUAUGUUUAGCAAGCUCACUGACAAACAUGCCAAUUGGGCUGAUAUAGAAGAUGAUGACUUCUAG